UUCUUACGUGCAUCAUGGCGAUCCUAUCGGGGCUCGCGGCGCUGGCUGAGCAUGGCCUUGCCAAUACUACGCUUGUGUACUCGAUUCUUGGUGCUAUAGGCGCUAUUACGACUCUGAUUCUGGCGACACUCGUUUGGCCACAGGCUUUCAGCCCUGUGUCGAGGGUUGUAUCUUGGGUCCUCAAUACAUAUUUGCAGUGGAGAUAUCCGAUAAAACAUGCGGAAACCGGUCGUCCCAUACCCGGACCGGCGUACGUGUGGCCGGACGGACAAGGGGACGCGGGAAAAUACAUCUUUGGCCGAGAUAAUAGCGCUCAAUGGCAAUCGAAGUAUGGCAAUGUCUAUCGCCUGUGGGCUGGGAUGACUCCUGAAGUUGUUCUCACUCGUCCCGAGCAACUGCACUCCGUCUUCAAAGACUCCGACAAGCAUACCAAAGCCACCAACAGUAAUUCAGGAUACUUCAUGAGCCGUAUCCUGGGCGAAUGCCUCGGGCUCAUGGCCGGUCAGCGCUGGAAACUCCUCCGAGGCAUCGCCUCUCCCCCAUUCACGCACCCGGCCGCCAUCAAGUCGAUCAGUCGCAUCCAACGCCACGUCCGCGAGCAUUUCCACGAGCUCGAAACGCACGGCGACUUGCGCCACGGCCGCAUCCAUCCCGUCCAGGACCUCAAAAUGCUCCCCUUCUUUAUCGUCGGCGAGGCCAACUACGGCUCGCUGACGCCAGAAAUGAAAGCCGAGCUGACGAACCUCGCCCCGGCCCGUGAGAACCUCAUGAAAUUCGUCGUCUUCGGUGGUCUCGCUCGUUUCGGCAUCUCGCGCUUCCUCCCCACAGAAGCAAACCGCCAAUUGAACAGCUUCCGAUCCCAAUGGAAGAGGUUCAAUCACGCCGCAUACGAGCGAGCGCGAGAGAAACACCCGUCCGCACUGGUCGUGCAGAUGUACGAUGCCGUCGCCAAAGGUUCGCUCACGGAAGAGGAAGUCCAACAGACCAUGGACGAGACGCUGUACGCCAACCUGGAUGUCACGACGGGCGGACUCUCAUGGAACCUCGUCUUCCUAGCCUCGAACCCAUCCUGCCAGGCCCGCUUGUACGAGGAAAUCUCCGUCAUCACGACCCCGGAAGAAGAGGAGGCCUACAUCUCCCGCUCCGGCACGUAUUUGUCCGCCUGCAUUCUCGAAUCCUCGCGUCUGCGACCCGUCACGCCCUUCUCCAUUCCGCAGUCCGCACCCACAGAGCGUCUUGUCGACGGGUAUAAGGUCCCCGGGGGCACGAAUUACGUGGUGGACAGCUGGGGACUGAAUCUGCGGAACGAGUUCUGGGCGCCGGACAGCGGCGCGUACCGGCCGGAGCGGUUCGUGGGACGGUCGGCGACGGAGCUGCGGUAUCAUUUCUGGCGAUUUGGAUUUGGGCCUCGGCAGUGUAUUGGCAAGUACACGGCGGAUGUGGUAAUUCGGACGAUUCUGCUGCAUGUGGUGCGCAAUUACGAGCUGAAACUGCUGGAGGAGGGCAACUGGGCGCAGGAUCCCGAGUGCUGGAUCACGCAUCCGGAUCUGCAGGUGAGAUGUGUCAAGAGGGGUUGA